AUGAGAAAACAAUUCAAAAUAGUUAAGAAUUUCAGUUAUCAACGUAAAGAAAAUCUCAUUUCCCCAAGGAAAUCAAAUGAAGAGCCGAUAUAUAGUGAACCUUUAAAUGAUAAUGGUUAGAAUAAUAAAGGCAAUGAAGUAAUACAUAAUCCGCCUAUACCUACUCCUCCUACAGUUGUUACUCAUAAAGUAGUUGUCGUUAAUGGUUCGAAAUAUGGAAAAUAGGUAGAUCAUUAUAUUAAUCCGGCUGCCAUUCCUAAAAAAAAACCUAAGGUAUUUUGGCUAUUCUUAUGCUUGUUUAUUCUAAAUUUUGGAUUAGGGAUUGCUAUUUUUGCAACUUAAGGCGAUCAAACAGCAAUCAUAGUCUUUGAAGUGGUUAUGUAAUAAUUAUCGUAUAUCUAAGGAUGCUAUUAAAUUUUAUUUCAGGGGCCUAUUAUUACACUAAAUAAAUAGAAAUCUUGUUGGAUAGACCAAAAUGCUUCUUCAUUUUUUUUGGUACAAUGCUAGCAGAAUUUUUGUGUUUAUUUAUCUAACUUAUUAUUUCCUGGAUAACAUAAGUUGGUUUUGCGAUAUAAAUAACAAAUAUAAUCUCGUUGACUAUUUUCUUAUUAUAUUUUUACAAUUAGAGAAAAAAGUAUUUUGAAAGAUGA